CGUGCGGAGCCGGGAGAAGGGCCGGUGCUGAAGAGAGCGAGGGUCCCGAGCUCCAAUCCUUCCUCCAGAGCUGCUGGGCUGCCUGCUGCCCCUGCCGCCCCAGGGGGACUCGGCUUCCCCCGCGCCACCUGCGUCCCGGUUGCGCCAUGGAUCCUUCAGAGAAGAAGAUAUCCGUGUGGAUCUGCCAGGAGGAGAAACUGGUGUCCGGCCUCUCCCGCCGCACCACUUGUUCGGACGUAGUGCGGGUGCUCUUGGAGGAUGGCUGCCGGCGGCGACGGCGGCAGCGGAGGAGCCGGCGGCGGGGGGCGGCCGGCGACCCGCCAGGCCCAGGGGAGCUGCCGGAACCCCUGGACGAGGACGACGAGGACGACGACGAUGAGGCGCUGCCCCAGGGCAUGCUGUGCGGGCCCCCGCAGUGCUAUUGCAUUGUGGAGAAGUGGCGGGGCUUUGAGCGCAUCUUGCCCAACAAGACGCGCAUCUUGCGCCUCUGGGCCGCCUGGGGCGAAGAGCAAGAGAACGUACGCUUCGUGCUGGUGCGCAGCGAGGCGUCGCUGCCCAACGCAGGUCCCCGCAGUGCCGAGGCGCGCGUCGUGCUGAGUCGCGAGCGCCCCUGCUCCGCGCGGGGGGCCCCAGCGCGGCCCAGCCUAGCCAUGACCCAGGAGAAGCAGCGACGAGUGGUGCGCAAGGCCUUCCGCAAGCUGGCCAAGCUCAACCGGCGGCGCCAGCAGCAGCCGUCGUCGCCCUGUUCGUCCACUUCGUCGUCCGCCGCCUCGUCCUGCUCGUCGUCGUCGCCGCGGGCCACCGAGAGCGCCUCGGUGGAGCGUAUGGAGACGCUAGUGCACCUGGUGCUCUCCCAGGACCACACCAUCCGUCAGCAGGUGCAGCGGCUUCGGGAGCUGGACCGCGAGAUCGACCGCUACGAGGCCAAGGUGCAUCUGGACCGCAUGCGGCGACAUGGAGUGAACUACGUGCAGGACACCUACUUGGUGGGUGCCGGGAUCGAACUCGACGGUUCCGGCCCGGGAGAGGAGCCGGAGCCGGAGCCCGAGCCGGCGGCAGCGACGACAGCGACGCCGCCCCUGGACGGCGAGGCGAAGGCGGUCGCGCUGGAGGAGCUGGCCCGGCGCUGCGACGACCUGCUGCAGUUGCAGGAGCAGCGGGCCCAGCAGGAGGAGUUGCUCGAGCGCCUCUCGGCCGAAAUCCAGGAGGAGCUGAACCAGAGGUGGAUGCGGAGGCGCCAGGAGGAGCUCGCAGCGCGGGAGGAGCCCCCGGAGGCCGAGGGAGGCCUCGACGGUGAGCUGCUGCUGGAGCGCGAACGGGUCCGGACGCAGCUCAGCACCAGCCUCUACAUCGGGCUCCGGCUCAACACGGACCUGGAGGCCGUCAAGUCGGACUUGGAUUACAGCCAGCAGCAGUGGGACAGCAAGGAGCGCGAGCUCCAGGGCCUCCUCCAGACUUUGCACACGUUGGAGCUGACGGUAGCGCCCGAUGGGACUCCGGGGUCCAGUGGGCCCUCGCGGGACCCCGGGCCGCAGGCCUGCGCCGAGGUGUGGGUGGACCAGGCCCGCGGACUGGCCAAGAGCUGCCCUGGUAACGACGAGGACUCGGACACAGGGCUGAGCUCCAUGCACAGCCAGGAUUCGGACUCGGUGCCGGUGUGCGAAUCCCUUGUGUAGGAGGAGCAGGGUGGGAGGGGGAGACGGCCGCCUCUCCCUUCCGUGAAGAACUCCGGCGUGGCCGG